AUGAGUCGUUUGCUGCUGAAGCUCCGACAGAAUCUUCGCGCGGCAGCUCGCCCGACUACACACGUGACGCGGCGCUGGAUCAACUACGGCCAUGACAUGCACAAGGAUAUGCUCAAUGGCACGGCCAAGGUCUCUGUGAUGGAAUAUGACGAAGGAGGGUUCGUCAUCAAUGACGUGAAUAUGCGCGGGGGAAUCGCACUGUUCUCUGAGAUUGCUAUGCUCUGGAAACCGAAGAGAAUCGAGGAAAUCACGCGCGAGCAUCUGACUGUCUUCACAGUCUUUAAUCCACCUGUCGAAAUCCUGGUUCUUGGCUGCGGGGAGCGUAUCAACCGCGGACUAGCACCGGACUUGCAGGAGAUGCUGAAAGUGAACGGCAUCGUGGUGGAAUAUAUGGACACGGUCAAUGCGUGUGCCACGUUCAAUAUUCUGAAUGCCGAGGACCGCAGAGUGGCUGCUGCACUUCUACCGCCCAAUCCUGAUGCUGCGCCGGAUGCCUCCUAG